GGUUUGCUCACGUUUGGAGAGGGAAGAGCGCAGGGAACCUCACUGUCUUCACUGGAUUAUACAAACCAAAAGUGUCCUCAACUCCUCCUCCUUCUCAAUCGUUUACAGGCUGAUCCUACUGCAUUCGGGACGAGCAACAACAGGCUCUUAUCACAGAAAGCUCUAUAUGUCAGGACAACCAUCUCAUUUGUUAGAGCAAACCUUUGAGCUGAUUUUUACCCGUAUCCAAGCUGAAGCCUACUGAAGUUGGACAUUUUUGGUGUGUGUGUGUGUGUGCGUGUGAUGACAAACUGUGGUGGAGGAGGAUGAAGAUAUAACCACUUGCAGAAUCUGAAUCGUCACUGUAGUCGUUCCUCCCAAGCAUUUCGGGAUUAUAUAUUUUUAUUCUUCGGCGAUGCAAUAACGGAUUGUUUUUGUGUUAUGAGCGGCAGCAGACACGCUCCAAGACUGAUUUCUGAAAAGACAAGGAAGAAAAACUGAGAUCCUACACUGACAAAUGCAUGUCCAAAAUGUGGUAACUGAAAGUUGCUCAGGAAGAAAUAGGAGGGUCCAGUGUCACACAUGUAGAGGGGCUUCGGUAGCUGGUAUGUCCUCAAAGCCCCGGAAUGCUCUCAUAGGCUAAACCGACCCUGUACCGGGUGCAUGCUCUGCGAUCUCAUUCUCUGAUGCAUUUCAAAGAAUCUAUCAGAAUACGGAGUUGACAUUUCUGAUAAACGAAUAGCGUUAAGAGCGAUCAGAUUCUCCGACCGGGAAUUAUUUAGCGUGUGAGAGAAAGAGGUCAUAUGAACUGCACAGGGCUAGAAGUGCGUCUCACGGAAAUCUUGGGUUGCCGAUCUGACGGAAACACGUGCUAUUCGGUCUCAUCUGCGGCAACGAUGCUUUUCCACGGUCUGCCUGGGGGCGAGAUGCAUGGUGUUCUGGAAGAAAUGGAGCGGAGAGGAAAGAGCGACUCGGCGACUAUCAGCUCGGCUAUAGAUAUGGGGGAAACAGAGACGAACAUGCCUUCCAUGAGCGGGGACCGGCUGGCUCUGUGCGCAGGCUGCGGAGGAAAGAUCUCGGAUCGCUAUUACCUGCUCGCCGUGGACAAGCAGUGGCACAUGCGCUGUCUGAAGUGCUGCGAGUGUAAACUCAACCUGGAGUCUGAGCUCACCUGCUUCAGCAAAGACGGAAGCAUCUACUGCAAAGAAGACUAUUACAGAAGGUUUUCGGUGCAGAGAUGUGCCCGGUGCCACCUCGGGAUCUCGGCCUCGGAAAUGGUCAUGAGGGCCAGGGAUUUGGUGUACCACUUGAACUGUUUCACCUGCACGACUUGCAACAAAAUGCUGACGACUGGGGACCACUUCGGCAUGAAAGACAGUCUGGUGUACUGCAGGCUACACUUUGAAACGCUCAUCCAGGGAGACUUCCCCACGCAUUUCAAUCACACGGAUGUAGCGUCUAAUAAAGGACUGGGCAGCUCGGGCCCUCUAGGACUGUCUUAUUAUAACGGCGUGAACACGGUGCAGAAAGGCCGGCCCCGAAAGAGGAAGAGCCCUGGGCCCGGAGCGGACUUGGCUGCUUAUAAUGCAGCUUUGAGCUGCAAUGAGAAUGAUGGCGAUCCGAUGGACAGAGACUCACAGUACAGCUCCAGCCAGAAGACAAAGCGCAUGAGAACGUCAUUUAAACACCAUCAGCUGAGGACCAUGAAGUCGUAUUUUGCCAUCAACCACAAUCCUGACGCCAAGGAUCUGAAACAGCUGGCCCAGAAAACAGGUCUCACCAAGCGCGUCCUACAGGUCUGGUUCCAGAACGCACGGGCCAAGUUCAGACGAAACCUCCUGCGUCAGGAGAACACGGGUGUGGACAAGGCUUCGGACGGGUCGACCAUGCCUGGAGGAACGCCGUCUGGACCCGCCUCGGAGAUCUCCAACGCCUCCAUGAGCCCGUCCAGCACCCCCACCACCCUCACAGACCUGACCAACCCCACAAUGCCCACCGUCACCUCCGUACUGACCUCUGUGCCGGGCAGCCUGGACGUUCACGAGUGCCGGAGUCCAUCGCAGAGCACCUUAACCAGCCUCUUCUGAUGCUCACAUUUGCACAGAGACACGUCGCCUUCGUCGGCUUCCUCAGAAGAACAUUCAUGGGUGGGGCGUCUCAACAGCCAUCGAAAUCAGAAAC